AUGAAAGCCCUGACUUUAACACCAAAGGAGCAUUCAGUUGCUGUACAAGAUAUCCCGACUCCGGAACCGGGGCCAAGAGAGAUUCUUGUCCGCGUCAGAGCAGUUGCGCUCAAUCAUGUGGACGCGCUCUAUACCUACAAGCCAAUUGCGGCCCAAGAGUACCGCGUAAUCGGCAGCGACUUCGCUGGGGAGGUCGCCAGUGUUGGCAAAGACAUCCGAGAUAUCGAUGACCCUCGUGUCAAGGUUGGAGCACGUGUAGCUGCUUGUUCGGUCAACUACCGCCCAGGAGCUUUUGCCGAGUACGUCGUCAUUGACUAUGACCUCACAUGGAACAUUCCCAUCGGGGUGUUGUUCCAAGAAGCUGCUACUAUCAGUUUGUGUGGACUUACAGCCGCGCAGGGUGUCUUCAGCCGACUCGAGCUCCCGGGGCCAUUCACCCAAUCUCGAAAUUUCGACCACCUCAGACUCGCCAACGAAGGGCCCGUGAACGUCUUCAUAUACGGCGCAACAACCUCAUUAGGUCUCUUCGCCGCACAACUUGUGCGUCUGGCUGAGAAGACUUCUGGCACGAGAAUUCGUCUCAUCGGUGCCGCCAGCAGUGCAAAGCACGACAUGCUGCGCCAAGCCCCUUAUUCGUACGACGAGCUAGUUGACUACAGAGACGCUGACUGGCAAGUAACGGUACGCAAAGUUUGCGGCAUAAGUGGCGGAGUUCAUUACGGCAUAGACGCGGUCUCGCAGUCUCCGUCUGUCGAACGUGUGCACGAUACGUUGGUCAACGAGGGAAAGCUGGCGGUGUUCCGAGCACCGGCUCUCGCAGGGUUUGAUCCAUCGAAGCUCAGGAUCAGGCCGAUCACAGGUGCAGUUUGGGAGGGUCUUGGCGUAGAGAUUCAAUACCAAGGUAAGGGCCUCCUUUGCUCACAAUCUAUAGGCGUCACAUUCCCAGCCAACCUCGAAGCCCGUGAGUUUGCAACGCAAUUCUACAACUAUCUCGGAUCGGAAGCGUCGUUGGGAAAAGUCAAGUUGCAGGCAAAUCCGGUUCGCCUGAUGCCAGGAGGACUCGAGAGCAUCGCAUCGGAAGGCAUCCCGCUCUUUGGUCCGAAUCAAGUCAAUGAGCCGCCGAAGGAUCACAUGCGUCCGGUUAGUGGAGAGAAGGUUGUCUAUACCGUUUCUUAG